AGAAAGAAGUUAUACCCUGAGCUGAACCCUAUAUCAACACAUUAAAGUCUCCAGUCUCAUAACUCUUCUUCUCUAGAUAUUUUUCAUCUCCAAUUUUUUCAACUUUCUCAUUUUUGGGAAAUCAUCAAAACAUGACAACCUAUGGAACAAUACCAUCAGGAUCAGGAAGCAUGGAAUUCAUAUCCAGGGCAAAGGAACAGAUUUACUCAGGUCUAGGUACUCGAAGACCAUGGAAACAAAUGUUUCUCUGGGAAGCUUUUGGUGCACCACAUGGUCUCAUGGAAGCAUACUCUCGGAUCAAAACUAACACGGCGUAUUUCCGUAUGAAUUACGCGAUUAUCGUGUUAGUGAUUCUGUUCUUGAGUUUGAUUUUCCACCCAAUAUCUAUGAUCAUAUUCAUAGCUAUUAUUGCUGCCUGGGUGUUUCUGUACUUCUUACGUGACGAACCGUUGAUGAUAUUCGGCAACAUGAUUAAUGAUCGGAUUGUUUUGAUUGUGCUUUCUGUUGUUACGAUAGUUGGGUUGAUGUUUACCGGUGUGAUUCCGAAUGUUUUCACGUCGGUUGCGAUUGGAGCCGUGGUUGUUUUGGCUCAUGGUGCAUUGAGGAAGACUGAUGAUUUGUUUGUUGAUGAUGAAGAAGCUGCUCAUGGGCUGCCUCAUAAACGUCCUUCUUCUUCUUCUUCUGGUUAGAAAAGUUUGUGAUUGUAUUCGAAAUCACUUGAUUGUUUGUCGAUCUUCAAUGAAAUUGUUUCUGUAAGUGUGUAAUUUUGUUGGACAUGAUCAUUUUAAUGAAAGUGUGAAUUGUUUUUUGUCAAUCAAAAUUGGCCUUUUUCUGUCUGGGUUGUUCCAAACGUCUCAUUAGCUAAAUCAAAUACAUUGAUUUUCCA